AUGUUUUCAAACCAGUCUCUAGUUGGACCCGCUGCGAAUUUUGGUACUUCCUAUGCUACGACUGGAGCGUGUAUCAAAGAAUGUGCAUGCGACUUGGGAUCUGGCGGACUGUGGGAUGAUUCAAUAUUGGCUGGAUACUAUGAUCGAUCGAAAUCUCGAGACUAUUAUGGGAUGAUAUAG